AUGACAGAGUACGCUGACUGUACGGAGGUAUCAAAGAAGGCUCUGGAGUUCCGGCAACAAUUCUAUCAGUUGCUGGAUGAUCCCAAUAAGCGGAUGGAAAUUGUAAACUUAUAUGCACCUGGUACACCAAUGCUGUGCGAGUGGAACGGGCAUCAACUUCCCGACACUACAGCCAUAAUGGCGUACCUCAGUGGAUUGCCAAAGACAUCCCACAAGAUUGAUUGCGUAGAUGCUCAGCCACUUCCAGGCAAUGAGCAAGCAGACUCGUUUAUUAUGACCGUACACGGCAUUGUGACGUAUGAUGAUGAACAUAAACGAGAGUUCUUUCAACGUCUUGUUAUUCGCAAGUUGGAUAGUCGAUAUUACAUUGUUAAUGACUACUACCGCUGGCUUAGCGAGAAGGAUUAA